AUGAAACCACUUUGAAUGAGCGCGUUAUCGCGGUCAUCGCACGAUACCGGUUUUAAACUAAUUUGUACCUACAUCUUUUAUUGCAGUGAUUUCUUAGUUAGAGUACGCGCACAAGUAAUGGCCAGAGAUGAAAGUACUGAAGGUUGGUUACCACUGCAAGGCGGUGGUCUGGCAAACGUUUCGAUACGGAAACGUGCACGACUGCCACCGGACGGUGGCGGUCACGAAUACAUCAUCUAUGGACAAAGAAUAUCUGACCAAACAGUUAUACUAAGUUGUGUUAUUAAUAGAGAUUUGCAGUACUUCAAAGUGAUGCCCACGUUCCAUCAUUGGCGGGCGGGCAAGCAGCGGAAUGGGCUCACCUUCCAAACUGCGGCCGAUGCGAGAGCUUUCGACAAGGGAAUCAUUCGUGCCUACGAUGACCUUAUUGAUGGUAUGGAUGAUUACACGACGCACAACAAAUACCACGAUGUCGAUAAAGUUGGCGAAGACGACGUGUUUAUGACAUUGGAUCUACCAGUGGAACCUUCUGAAUCGCGGUCGAAUUCCGAAGGCAGUGGAAGUCACCAAAGCGUCGAUAAACAAUCACAGCAGCAGCAAUCGAGUAUUCAAUACAUAUCGAGCGAUAAACCGUCACCUCUGAUAAAGCCUGGUGAUGAAAAAGUUACUCCACUAGUACCUGGCGACAACUAUUCGUACGUUCAGAUUACUGACGUGCACGAAUACAACUACCCGGUUGUCGACGAACCUGGCUCGCUGAUCGGAGGCCGGCGGGACUCAACAUCUAGUCUGAAGAAGCGCAACGCCCUCGACGCGCCGCCCAUGAAGGAAACCACGCUCAUCAAGACUCGAUUACGCUGCAGAUAUUGCCAAGAAUUCUACAAUGACGACCGCAACUACAAAGGCUCGUGCGAUUACGCGCCAGACUGCUUCAGGACCACCAUCGAGAACAUGUCCGGAAUGUUGUGCGCACAGUGCAUGCUGUACCACUGUAUGAAGGACUCGGAAGGGGAGACGGCUCCCCAUCCGUGCUCGUGUUCGGCGGAAACAGGAUGCACCAAACGGUGGAUUGGUUUGGCGUUGCUGUCGCUUCUGGUGCCAUGUCUCUGGUGCUAUCCACCGCUUAGGGCGUGCCACUGGAUGUGCGUCUCGUGUCGGCUGUGCGGGGGGAAACAUAAACCACAAAUUUGACAUCCGAUCAAAAUCAUCAACCUGACAAGUAUUAAUCGGCUUGACUGAUAGUCAUUGAGCAUCUCUCAACACCCGUUUUGAAUAGCAAAAAAAACUAGGAAACAAGGGAAAUUGUGCGGCAUGCACGCACGUACGUACAACAUUACUAACGAAAGAAAUUUAAUAAUGGCAUCAUGCAAAAUUCAGAUAAAUGGGAAAACGCAGCCAAAGCGAUAGAAAAGUAGAGCAAAACUGGAAGAAUCUAAAGAAUAAAAACAACUAGCCUGAAACUAAAUGCAUGCAGCUCCCGGUACAUAACUAAACAAUAAAUAAAACAAGAAAAUGAGAUAUCGCUACAUGUAGAGUGACCAGUAAACAAAUCCAGUAAUAAAAAAAGAAACACACAUACAGAAAACAUUCGUUGAUGUCUAUAAAUCUAUAGCUGAAACCAAAUGAAAGUAAAACCCUAAAAGGAUUUAAAGUAUAACACAAACUAGCGAAAUCAAAUCAAACAGCGCGCCAUAGAAGGAGGGAAAAAGAACAACUUUGAGAGACUCCUGCUCGUAGGCGCUCGUAGAGACGUAUGACGUGGGAAAGGUAAAAUCAAAUCUUUAAUAAUAACACAACAAUCAGUAACGAACGAAAAAUGUGCGCAAAAAUAUGGAAAAAGUAGCAACAACAACAGCAACUAAACAAGGGCAAGAACAACAGCGAUCUACGACAGUACAUAAGCAGCUAAAAGUGUAAUUUCGCAUGUGGUCAAAAAGAAACUGUCGAACAGAUUGGCACAAUCAUAAAAUUUAUGGUUGGCGAUGUGCGGGAGACGAAAAUGGGGGUGUAGUGCUAGAAUGCAAACUGAAUAAUAUAAUCUAUAUUCUUGUUUUGUUACUGUAGCAGACAAAUGAACAAUGUGCGUGCUAUACUAAAACAAGGGAAGCAGUUAUUUUGUUUUUCCAAGUUUUUAAUUUCAUAGUUCUCGAGAGGUAUUAUACUGUUUAGUUCAAAUAACGUUUAGGUAAAAGGGAUACCGUUGUGUAAAUUAUUAUACUUGAUAGAAAAGGGACGCGGGAGAAACUUUUUUGUUUUGUGAACUAGUAGGACAUAGGAAUCGUUGUUUGAGAUUUUACUAUUUUGAGCAGCUUUAUUAGAGGAGUGAUAACCGAAAGGCGAGAAAAUUCUAUCGUUCAACUAUAUAGUUAUAUGACUGUUCAAAUCGUUUCGGAAGUCCGAGCUGGAGAUAAAGCAUUAGUUCAACGUUUAUGAAUUUGUUGAAUAUUUACUAGUUUUAUCCAGUUUUUGGUUUGUGAAUGGUAUGCAGUGGAUGAGAGAAAUUUAAGAAUAAGAAGCAAACUAUAAAUGCUAUAGUUAUGUUUUUAGAUAACUAACAGUGUAUAUUACAACAACAGUACAUAAAACUGAGCGAUUUAAGAAGACGAAUUCUAUGUAAUAAGGUUUACUAGCGUAUGAAUCUAACCAGUGCAGCAAAAAUCAAGUUCAACCAGCUGACUUUCCAAGUUUCCUAUUUGCCGGAUGUUCAGCUGUGCUGGGCGAUUCAGGAUUUUGAUCCGAUCUACUUUGAUAGCACUCUGACCUGUGAAUUGUAUGCUUCUGUAUCAGAAGAAAUCGUUGAUUAACGUAAGGCAUUCUGAACAUUCGUAAAUAUUAACUUCUAAAAAAUUUCUAAUUGGAAGAGGCAUUCCAUGAAUCUCCAACCAUUCUGUGCCAUAUGUAUGCCUUCCUUGAUCAAAUGCUCCACAAUUCUACGGAAACUGCUCGUGCUCUCAAAAUAGAGGCAUUUCAAACUAUCAAAGGAAACUUGGUCACAUAAAGUCACAGUUUCAAACAUCAGUGGAGAAAUAAGUACGGUGUAUUUAAUUUAUCAAUUGUCAUCUGGUCAGAUCCCGAAAGAUCUGAUUUUAUGUUCCAAGGGGCACACAAUCAUGAAGUUUUUAUAAAGGUCCGCGUGACAGUCGCAAUGGGCUCUGCGAUUGUCAAACAUGACCUUUGACAAAUUGUCAUUGUGGACGCAAACGAAAACAAUAGUUUCAAAAUGUUUAACAAAUAAAAAGGCAAAAUAUAUUUCACAUUCAUACACAAAACACUCACAUACAUCUAUGUUUUAGCGUAAAACACAAGUCUUAAUAAGCAUAAGACUAAAAGAAUAAAUCACAAAAUUAAGAAAAUAUUCAAAAACAGAAAUAAUACAUCAAUACGAAAAUGCAAGGUAAACAAGAACCUACUACGAAAACAUUAAUACUUAUGCAUGUAACUUGCAUUGGGGAUACCCUAGGAACGACCCACAAAUCGUACCAGAAAUUCAACCAUGUGAAAGCUUUGAUUUCAUUUUGUCGGGGUCUAAAGAUCUCAACAACCCAUCAGUUCAGACAAAAA